ACUCCAAAAUAAAAUUGGUUUCAAGAAUAUCGGCCCAUUGGCAAUCUCCCUACUCAUCUCUGCAAAAACAGGCUCAUUGGCAAUCUCCCUACUCAUGUCUGAAUAGACAUUUCUAUUUAUAAGUAAUAUUUGGGAUUGGUCAAUUCCUUUAGAUCAAUGUUAAUUAAACCGGUUUAAGACGGUCGUUUUAACGUAGGCUAUAGCAACGUUACGAUUUUGUUCUUUUACCAAAUAAUAUCCGACACGAAUAAAAUUUUUCCCUUAAGAGGCUAAAGUAUUUGCAGCGAUGACAGCUCGAACAAUAGUACAAGUGUUUGAUCAGUAUCAAAAAGCUCGAAUGAGUUUUGUACAGACUGUGGCGGAUUUAGCUUCAAGAACACAUAAUGUUGAAUGCUUAGAAAAUGCUGGAGCGCUUGAUUUACUUCGUCUAUUGCUUGCGGAUACAGUUCCUUCAAUCCAACAAAUGUCUGCUAUUGCUUUAGGAAGGUUGGCAUCCUUUAAUGAAAAAAUAGCACAGGCUUUGGUCCGAAGAGAAAUAAUACCCCAACUUUUACGUGGAAUAGAUAAGCAAAAUAAAUUCUAUAAAAAGGCAGCAUUGUUUGUGUUAAGGGCUAUUGCAAAACACACUCCUGAAAUGGCUUCUGCUGUUGUUCAUAGUGGUGGUUUGGAAGCUAGUAUUAUUUGUCUUGAAGAUUUUGAUAUGGGAGUUAAAGAGGUUGCUGCAUUAUGUCUUGGUCAUAUUGCAAAGCAUAAUAAAAGUCUUGCUCAAGCAAUUGUAGAUGCUGGAGCAGUUUCACUCUUGAUCUUAUGCUUGCAAGAGCCUGAAUUAUGCUUGAAGCAAGUGAGUGCUUCUGUCCUUUGUGAUAUUAGCAAACACAGUUUAGAACUUGCUCAAACAGUUGUAGAUGCUGGGGCAGUUUCUGUUCUGGGAAAAUACAUCUCCAAUCCUGAUGCUAAGUUAAAGAGACAAGUGUUGUCUGCUCUGGGAUGUUUAGCUAAGCAUGCUGUAGAAUUAGCUGAAAUCAUUGUGGAGGCUGACAUUUUUCCAGAAGUCUUAAUAUACAUGGCUCAUCAAGACGAAGAUGUUUCUAGAAACGCAGCUAUCUUAACUAAGGAAAUUUGCAAGCAUUCCUUAGAGUUAGCACAACUUGUUGUCAAUACCGGCGGCAUAGGUGGGUUAAUAGACCUGAUCGGCACAUCAAAAUCUUCUCCCAAAUUACCAGCUAUAAUGGCCCUUGGUUAUAUAGCAGGGCAGUCUAAUCAGUUAGCCAUAGCUAUUAUUGGGUCGGCGGGCGUCAUCCAACUUGCUCUUCUUCUACAAGAAGAAAAAGAAGAUCAUAUACGCGCUGUUAUUGUUUGGGCGUUAGGACAAAUUGGAAAGCACACGCCAGAGCACGCUAAGGCUUUAGCUGUGGCCAAUAUAUUUCCAAAACUAAUAGAGUUGUACACUAAUCCAAAAUGUGACGAAGAUUUGAAAGCAAAAUGUAAGGCUACGUUAAAGCAAGUUCUUCAAAAAUGUAUACAUGUAGAAGCUUUAGAACCUUUGUUGCAUGAUGCUCCACCAGAUAUUCUCAAAUAUGUCGUCGGACAGUACAGCAAGCAUUCGAUUAAUUUCACCAAGGAUACUGCAAUUCUUCGUCACAUAUUUCUCGCACCAAACGACUUAUAAACCUAUUCCUACGCGGAGAGGAAUGAGCCAUUAUAAAAUUUUAUAACAAUGCUAUUUCUUCUGAGAUUGUAUAUUUAUAUAUUUCACCAGUAAAAAUUAGGUUUUAUAGCGUGAAAACGCAUUAAAUUUUUCAGUCUUUCAACAGCAAUAAUUUCUGACUAUGGUUGUUUGAUUCUUCUUCGUUGUACGUUUUAUAUUCAAUUAAUAACAAGUCAGUUUUUGUUGAACUGAGUCUAAGGCCAUUAUAUAUUUGUGUUUUUCAAAAAAGCUCUAAGUGUCACAAGCCUUGAUGCUUUACUUGUUUCUUAUUUGAAAAUUUAUAUUUUUACAACAGUUAGUCAAUUCCCUGGCUAUCUGAGAAGAAUUUAGUGCUUCAAUUCGUGUAAAAGAUGUAAAGACAAAUAAUUAUUCACAUUAUUCAUUAAUGUCUGUUUCUAUUCUGUUCACCGUAAAUAGUUUAAUAAAAAUCACUGCACUAGACUUUGUCCGUCGCUGGGGUUGACCCUUAUAGAUAUUCAAAUGAGUUUCACGAUAAACACUGCUGGUUCGAGCGUUUCCAUAGAUCACCGGAUUCAUUAGAGAAGAGGAAUAACGCUAUGUGCCUGGCAAUGAAAUUUAUUGCACCGAUACACCACCUUCGAGAUCUAACUUAGACUCGAUUUCUUCAAUACAGUUUAAUAUUUAAAAUUGGUUUAACUACAUGAUUAGACAAUCACUCAUAUUAAUUUUUAAGAUAAGCCGAGUUUAUAUCCAAAAAGUGUCAGAGGAAUCGGACUUUAAUAUAAUUUACAUAUAUUCAUCUCUCAGUUUUUCUUUCCUCAAUUUUCUGUUAUAGUUCUUUUCCUUUUCUGACUUGGAAAAAGAAGUCAUUAGUCGAUAAUCAUGUGUAUGAUUUUGUUGGGUGAAAAUCAUUAAUUAAAUUAAAUCCUAGAGCAAAUUUUAUGUAAACAAAUUUACUUAUUAGAAAAUUGUUUUUAACUUUUGGUUCUCUUUAUUUAUAAUGCAUUCUGUUUCUAUGAUGCGAUUAAAACGAAUACUUGACCCAGAGAGCAUGUAUUCUAUCCAAGUAUGUCUGAAAAAAGGAAAAAAACCAACAUAAAUAAGCCGAUGAAACAGUAAAAUAACCCAGCUUCGGUGGAAUAUUGUGAAAUCAUGUUUUGCUUUUAAAUAGGAAAAAUCAUUUUUUUUCAUUUUAAUAGACAUUAUACAUAAUCAAUUUGGGAAUUGGAAAAUCAGUAUAUGGUACAAAUAUAAAUAAUUUAUCCGUCCGAUAGCUCAUUCGUCAUUACUUUUGACGAGUGUUAUCAACUAUAAGAUAAAGGAGCUGAUUAAGAGAAAUAGUAAAUAAAAAAAAUGAGAAAGAAAAAAUAGGAUCAGAAAGAGUGCCGUACCUGAUAUAUAUAAAUUUUUCCUGGAUUUUUGGCGAACCGACAUAACGCCUCUCUGACAUAAGUCUGUGUAAACAUAAAAAUGAGUAUCAAAUAAUUAUAACUUUAUGAAAAAUAACCUGUGUAAUUUUACAUACAAACUGUGCAAUCACCUACAUAAUAUAAAUUUGGAUAUACCUUAUAA